CGGGCUCCUUAAAUAGCCUGGCGUCCCGCCGGGACCACAGAGCGACCUUUGGGCGGUUGGAGCCGGUGCCAAGAGACAACUUCCCCGUAGAGUGCACAACGAGUUACCCAGACCCAAGCAAGCAAGACUUCGUGCCAGGUUGUCUACGAGUCAGGUAGGAACCAUGAGGUGCCUUCUUAUCGCUGCUGUCGUCAUCACGUUGCUAGGCGUGGCCCUAGUGACGUCAGACCCUCUCCACAGAGAACGCCGCCGGCCUUCAGAUGAACUGUUCUAUCAGAUGUGGGGCAUCACGCCACCAGCGAAGACCUACCGCCGUGUGUGUUACCACACCAACUGGUCCCAGUACCGUAACGGUAUGGGUAAGUUCUACCCGGAGGAUAUCGACGCCACCCUGUGCACACACAUCAUCUACUCCUUCGCUAAGCUGGUGAACCACCAACUCGCACCGUUCGAGUGGAACGACGACUCCACCUCCUGGUCCAAGGGGAUGUACGAAAGGUUCAACGAGCACGUAAAGAGAGAAAACCCAGAAGUGAAAACUCUCCUGGCCGUGGGAGGGUGGAACAUGGGUUCUGCACCGUUCACCGCCAUGGUGGCCACGGAGGCGAACAGGCGCAAGUUCAUCACGACCUCUAUCGACUUUCUGCGGAGCCGCAACUUCGACGGCCUUGACCUGGACUGGGAGUACCCUGCCGCCCGAGGCAGCCCUCCCGAGGACAAACAGAGGUUCACCGCACUUAUAGAGGAGACGAUGGAGGAAUUUGAGAACGAGGCCGCUGUCAGUGGAAAGCCGCGCCUCCUGCUGACCGCUGCCGUCCCUGCAGGGGAAGAUAAAAUACACAACGGAUAUGACGUCAUGGCGAUAGCUAAUGAACUGGACUUCAUCAACCUGAUGACCUAUGACCUGCAUGGUUCGUGGGACCCCGUGACCGGGUUUAACGCCCCGCUGUACCCGGCAGGAGCCGAGACGGGGGACGCCGCGAAACUCAACGUGGAAUUUGCAGUGGAGACGUGGAUCGCUAGAGGCGCUCCUGCGGAGAAACUGAACCUCGGCAUCGGCACGUACGGGCGAUCCUUCAGGACCAGCGGGAGUAACGGUCUCCGCGCCCCGGCCAGCGGCGGCGGUGCGGCCGGGCAGUUCACCGGCGAGGCGGGCUACCUGGCUUUCUACGAGAUCUGUGAUAUGCUCAACAACGGCGCCACGCGGGUGUACGAUGAAGAGCAGCAGGCGCCGUACGCCUACCUGGGGAGUCAGUGGGUCGGGUACGACGAUCAACAGAGCAUCGCCGCUAAGAUCGCAUUUCUGAAGAAAAAAGGCCUGGGUGGAUCUAUGGUUUGGGCCAUAGACGUGGAUGAUUUCCGUGGUGAGAAGUGUGGUCAGGGUCCCUACCCGCUCAUGACCGCCAUCAAGAACCUGCUGGAGGCGGAGGAGCCGACUGAAGCGCCCACGAGCAAGCCUCAAAACACCCCGGCGGUGACCGAGGCUCCCUGCGAGACGCCAGAGCCUGACUGUGAGAGCGAGGGAACAACCCCGCAACCCCAGCCACCGACCAAGCCACCCACCCAGCCGCAGCCACCGACCAAGCCACCCACCAAGCCACCGACCAAACCACCUACCCAGGCACCCACCCAGCCACCAACCCAGCCACCGACCCAGCCACCAACCCAGCAACCGACCCAGCCACCGACCCAGCCACCAACCCAGCAACCAACCCAGCCACCGACCCAGCCACCAACCCAGCAACCGACCCAGCCACCGACCCAGUCACCAACCAAGCCACCGACCCAGGCACCGACCCAGUCUCCAGCUGUUCCCUUCACCUGUGAGGGACGACAGAACGGGUUCUACCCGGACCCGGCUGACUGCGCUAAGUACUACCAGUGCUGGGCCGGGCGGGAGUUCCACCGGCCGUGCGGGGGAGGCACGCAGUGGAACCAGGCCAUCAAAGGGUGCGACUGGCCCCGUAACGUCGACUGUCAGGCUCAGAGCGCUAGCGUCCUCACGGGCGGAGCUCAGAGUGGUGAGGCCUUCACCUGCCAGGGCAAGCCGAGGGGAAAGUACCCUGACCCGGAGAACUGCGGGAAGUAUUACCAGUGCGGGUGGAACGGCAGGAUGUGGCACAGGCCGUGCGCGCCGGGAACACACUUCAACGCCGCCACCGGGGGAUGUGGCUGGCCUCGCGACGCCAACUGCCAGGUUCAGAGCGGACUUCCGCACAUUUCUGAAGCUCGGUGCGUAUCCCUGGUGGUGUCAGCGUGCCGACAGAAGGAGUCAGUCCGCAGACGUUUUGUCGUUUUUCAAAGACGAAAGCAGACUCUAAAGAAGAAGACGAAGAUGUUGACCGUCCUCGCGCUACUGUGUGUGAUGUUGAGUCUGGGACAGGCGUCUGUCAUCCCAGCACAGAGAUCAACCUACCGCCGUGUGUGUUACCACACCAACUGGUCCCAGUAUCGCCAUGGGAUCGGUCAGUUCUACCCCGAGGACAUUGACCCCUCCCUGUGCACGCACAUCAUCUACGCCUUCGCCAAGAUGACCAACAACCAGCUGCAACCGUACGAGUGGAACGAUGACUCCACCGACUGGUCCACCGGACUGUACGAGAGGUUCACCACACAUCUCCAGCCGCACGGCGUGAAGACCCUGCUCGGAGUUGGCGGGUGGAACUUCGGCUCCACGGCGUUCUCGGACAUGGCGGCCACGGCUGCAGGCAGGCAGACGUUCGUCACGACCUCUAUCGACUUCCUCCGGCAGCGCAACUUCGACGGUCUGGACCUGGACUGGGAGUACCCGGCGGCGCGCGGUGGGAGGCCGUCCGACAAACAGACCUUCACUCUUCUCUGCAAGGAACUGAGGGAGGCGUUUGACGCGGAAGGCGCCCGUACCGGCCGGGCUCCCCUGCUGCUGACCGCCGCUAUACCAGCCGGAGAGGACAACGCUAUGAAUGGUUACGAAAUGGCCGAAGUGGCAAGGUACCUGGACUUCCUGAACCUGAUGGCGUAUGACCUGCACGGCCAGUGGGAGGACUACACGGGCCUGAACAGUCCGCUGUACGCCGCUAGUGACGAGACCGGGGACGACCGCAAACUUAAUCAGGCGUUUGCAGUGGAUAUGUGGCUUGCCGGCGGCGUGCCCGCCUCCAAAAUCAACCUUGGCUUGGCUACCUACGGGCGGAGCUUCACCACUACCGGGGACAACAGCAUCCGGGCCCCGGCCAACGGCGGCGGCACCGCGGGGCUAUACACGCGCGAGAAGGGCUACCUGUCGUACUACGAGAUCUGUGCGUUGCUUAAUCAAGGUGCAACCCGUGUGUUCGAUAAUGAACACCUCGCACCAUAUGCGUACCUGGGAAACCAGUGGAUCGGCUACGAUGACAUGGAGAGCCUUCCGUAUAAGGUGGAGUACUUGAAGAGUAAGAACCUGGGAGGGGCGAUGGUCUGGGCCAUCGAUACAGACGACUUCUCGGGCAGCUCGUGCGGACAGGGACGCUACCCGCUCAUCAACGGCAUUAAGAACCUCUUGGAGACGAGCGUAUCUGGUGGCUUCGUCCUCCCGGCUGGUCCCACCCACCCGCCGAUUAACGGCAUCAACGAGGUCCCUAACCUCAUCAACGGCGGGGUACCGAACCUCAUCAACGGCGGGGUACCAAACCUCGUCAAUGAGGUACCAAACCUCAUCAAUGAGGUACCUAACCUGGUCGAUGGUGUAUCAAAUCUCGCGGCGGCCACCCAGGCACCCAUCCCGGUGGUCACCCAGGCACCCGUCGUGGUGGAGCCACAAGGGGUGACGUGUGAGGGCAGGCCCAACGGACACUACGCCGACCCUACCGACUGCGGCAAGUACUUCCAGUGCUGGGGCGGCCAGAUGUUCCCCGGAACCUGCGCCGGCGGAAUGCACUGGAACCAGGCUAUGCUGGGCUGCGACUGGGCCUCCAACGUCAACUUCUGCCCGCGACUUCCACACAUUUCUGAAGCUUGGUGCGUAUCCCUGGUGGUGUCAGCGUGCCGACAGAAGGAGUCAGUCUGCAGAAGUUUUGUCGUUUUUCAAAGACGAAAACAGAAGAAGAAGACGAAGAUGUUGACCGUCCUCGCGCUACUGUGUGUGAUGUUGAGUCUGGGGCAGGCGUCUGUCAUCCCAGCACAGCGAUCAACCUACCGCCGUGUGUGUUACCACACCAACUGGUCCCAGUACCGCCCGGGGAUCGGGAAAUUCUACCCGGAAGACAUCGACCCUGCUCUGUGCACGCACGCCAUCUAUGCCUUCGCCAAGAUGACCAACAACCAGCUGCAGCCGUACGAGUGGAACGAUGACUCCACCGACUGGUCCACCGGCAUGUACGAGAGGUUCAACACACAUCUCCAGCCGCACGGCGUGAAGACCCUGCUCGGAGUUGGCGGGUGGAACUUCGGCUCCACGGCGUUCUCGGACAUGGCGGCCACGGCUGCAGGCAGGCAGACGUUCGUCACGACCUCUAUCGACUUCCUCCGGCAGCGCAACUUCGACGGUCUGGACCUGGACUGGGAGUACCCGGCGGCGCGCGGUGGGAGGCCGUCCGACAAACAGACGUUCACUCUUCUCUGCAAGGAACUGAGGGAGGCGUUUGACGCGGAAGGCGCCCGUACCGACCGGGCUCCCCUGCUGCUGACUGCCGCUAUACCGGCCGGAGAGGACAACGCUAUGAACGGCUACGAAAUGGCCGAGGUGGCAAGGUACCUAGACUUCCUGAACCUGAUGGCGUAUGACCUGCACGGCCAGUGGGAGACCUACACGGGUCUGAACAGUCCGCUGUACGCCGCUACUGACGAGACCGGGGACGACCGCAAACUCAACCAGGCGUUUGCAGUGGACAUGUGGCUUGCCGGCGGCGUGCCCGCCUCCAAAAUCAACCUGGGACUGGGUACGUACGGGCGGAGCUUCACCACUACCGGGGACAACAGCAUCCGGGCCCCGGCUAGCGGCGGCGGCACCGCGGGCCAAUACACGCGCGAGAAGGGCUACCUGGCCUACUACGAGAUCUGCACGAUGCUGAAUCAGGGCGCCACCCGCGUGUUUCACAGUGAACACCUCGCCCCGUACGCUUACCAGGGAAACCAGUGGGUAGGCUACGAUGACGUAGAGAGUCUUCAAUAUAAGGUGGAGUACUUGAAGAGUAAGAACCUGGGAGGCGCCAUGGUCUGGGCCUACGACAUUGACGACUUCUCUGGCAGCUCUUGCGGACAGGGACCCUACCCGCUCAUGAACGCCAUCAAGAACCUCCUGGGUGGCCUAUCUGGCGGCAUCGUCCUCCCGCCUGGUCCCACUCACCCGCCGGUUGACCCCAACACCCUGGCGCCAAACCCCGUCACCGAUGUACCAAACCUCGUGCCCACCCAGGCACCCAUCGUGGUGGUCACCGAGGCACCCGUCGUGGUGGAUCAAGGAGGCCUGGUGGCUGUGACGUGUCACGGCAAGCCGGACGGAUUCUACGCCGACCCUAACGACUGCAACAAGUACUACCAGUGUGCGGGCGGCCACAAGUACCCCGGUCACUGCGGCGCCGGCCUGCAGUGGAACCAGGCUAUGAUGGUCUGCGACUGGCCUUACAACGUCAACUUCGAACAGAAGAGAGGACACGAUACACUAGUUGAAGCAUCGCCGGUCUGUGUUAGUGUGAAUCUCCGUGUGAAGGUGACCAAGUUCCCAUCAGGAACUGCUACUUACGUCCUCUGUAGGAAGAUGAAACCCACACUGUUGUUACUUGGCAUCGCCCUUCUUCAUUGCGUCCACCAUGCUUGGGCGUACUACCGCGUGUGUUACCACACCAACUGGUCCCAGUACCGCCCGGGGAUCGGGAAGUUCUACCCGGAGGAUAUCGACUCCUCGCUCUGCACACACAUCAUCUACGCCUUCGCCAGCAUGGCGGGGAACCAGCUCAAGGCGUUCGAGUGGAACGACGAGUCCGAACCGUGGAUGACGGGCAUGUACGAGCGGUUCAACAACCUCAAGUUAGCCAACCCAAGCCUGAAGACUCUGCUGGCCGUCGGUGGGUGGAACUUCGGGUCCGGUCCGUUCUCCAACAUGGUGAGCACGGCGGCGGGGCGGGCGGAGUUCGUCAGCACCAGCAUCACCUUCCUGCGGGAGCGGAACUUUGACGGGCUGGACCUGGACUGGGAGUACCCCGCCAACAGGGACGGGUCACGGCCGGAGGACAAGCAGAGGUUUACCCUCCUCACAAGGGAGUUGAAGGAGGCGUUUGACCGUGAAGCUGCGGAGACCGGGCGGGAGGCCCUGCUGCUGACCACCGCAGUGGCUGCUGGGGCAUCCACGAUCGAGACCGCGUACGAAAUUGCCGCCAUCUCCCAGUACUACGACUUUAUCAACGUGAUGUCGUACGACCUACACGGGGCCUGGGAGGAGUUCACUGGAUUGAACAGCCCUCUGUAUCCAUCCGCGUCUGAGAGUGGUGACCAGGCCCUGCUGAACCAGGAAUCCGCUAUCAACAUGUGGCUCGCCGGAGGAGCGCCGGCCUCCAAACUGAUCCUGGGGAUAGCUCUGUACGGCCGGUCCUUCCAGCUGGCCAACCCUGCGGACAACGGACUCCGGGCGCCCGUACGGGGAGCUGCCACUGCCGGUACCUACACACGGGAGGGCGGCUUCCUGUCCUACUACGAGAUCUGUGAGAAGCUCUCGGCAGGUGCUACACGUGUGUUCGACUAUGAACACCUGGGGCCCUACGCCACCUGGAGCGACCAGUGGGUGGGGUACGACGAUCCAGAGAGUAUCCUGUACAAGGUCGCCUUCCUGAAGGAGAAGGGGCUUGGCGGCUUCAUGGUGUGGUCGCUGGAUCUGGAUGACUUCAAGGGCUCCAGCUGCGGCUCCGGCCCGUACCCGCUAAUGAGGGAGAUCAACCGGCUGCUCGGCGUUGAGCUGCCCACCCUCCCGCCGCGUCCGACUCCGGACCCCGAUGCGACACCCGCCGGGGGAGUAGACCCCGUGGAGACGACCCCAGCAACGUCAGGUUCGUAUGCAGCAGCUAAGUCGCUCAUUCAAUCCUCGGCUGCCUGAAUUCCCCCCAU